UCUCUUGCAGUGUGAUAAGUGAUCGGAUGAAGAGCAGCUUCUGUUUGCCAACAUUAAACUUCAGUGUGCUUUUACAGGUAGGUUAAAGCAUCAAGGACGGAAAAAACCGAAUCACCUCCUCCUCUGCCGCCUCCUCCUCAGCCAGGUUUAUCUUUCCUCUGGUGAAAAAGGGGCAGUCUGCGAAGAAAGGAGGUUUGACAGCGCCGAUAGAAGCGCUCAGAUCUCAUCUCUAUUAACUGUUUACCAGAGGUUGUUUGGAUAUUUGAGCAUAAAAAGCUGCAGCCAUGUCUCCUUUCCUGCGAAUUGGGUUCUCUAACUUUGAGAUGGAUCCCGGCCUGGCCUACCAUGAGGAGGUGCUGAACCCGUACUGUGCCGUUUACAUGAAGGAGGCUAUCGACACAGAAAAGGGCCAAGUGUACAAGCAGAAGAAGCCCACCAUGUAUCCGCCAUGGAGCACCACGUUUGAUGCCCACAUUCACCGCGGGCGCAUCAUGCACGUCAUGGUGAAGGACCACACAGCCGAGCUCAAGUCCGAGGCCACCGUGGCUCUGGACUCUCUCGCAACGCAGUGCAAGAAGGAGAACGGCAAGCUGGAAACCUGGCUGGAGUUGAAGCCACAGGGCCGCCUGCUGAUGGAGGCCAAAUAUUAUCUGGAGAAAACUGACGCUGCAGGUCAGAUUGAGGAAGAGUCGGGACAAAUGAGAGAGGGUCUGUUCGCCCUGCAUCAGCGGCGAGGGGCCAUCAAACAGGCCAAAGUUCACGUCGUCAAAUGCCACGAGUUUAGCGCCACAUUCUUCCCUCAACCCACCUUCUGCUCCGUCUGCAAAGAGUUUGUCUGGGGUCUAAACAAGCAGGGGUACCAGUGCAGACAAUGCAACGCAGCUAUUCACAAAAAAUGCAUAGACAAGGUUAUUGCCAAAUGCACGGGUUCAGCCAUCAACAGCAAAGAAACAAUGAUCCACAAGGAGCGCUUCAAGAUCGACAUGCCGCACAGGUUUAAAGUGUACAACUACAAAAGCCCAACUUUCUGCGAACACUGCGGUACUCUGCUCUGGGGGCUUGCCAAGCAGGGGCUCAAAUGUGAGGAAUGCUGCAUGAACGUCCAUCAUAAAUGCCAGAAGAAAGUAGCCAACCUGUGCGGGGUCAACCAGAAACUGAUGGCUGAAGCUCUGGCCAUGAUCGAGACUCAACAGCAGGCCAGAAGCUCCAGGGACACGGAAAAUGAAAUCAUCGGCAGAGAGGGUCCAGUAGGUGUCGGCCAGCCGGGGGUUGUCCGAGCACCGUCUGGGUUAGUAACGGCCACAGCUACAACAGCAAACAGAGGUACGUUAGUUUCAAAACCUCCGCCCCGUCAUCUCUUCCUGAUUGUUUUUUUUUAUUUAACGCAUUCAUUCCCAAUUCCUGCCUCCUCACCUGAAGAGUUGCAGGGUGUUUCAUGGGAAGGACCGCCAGACGGGAGCAUCACUGAGGCACUGCAAGAAGAGCCUUUGUACGCCUUCCCAAAGAAGGACCAACCCAGAUUCACCGUCAAUGACUUCAUCCUCCACAAGAUGCUCGGGAAGGGCAGCUUCGGCAAGGUGUUUCUAGCCGAGCUGAAGAGAAGUGGGCAGUUCUACGCAGUGAAGGCUCUGAAGAAGGACGUGGUGCUGAUGGACGAUGACGUGGAGUGCACUAUGGUGGAGAGGAGGGUCCUCUGUUUAGCCUGGGAAAACCCUUUCCUCACGCACCUUUACUGCACCUUCCAGACCAAGGAAAACCUGUUCUUUGUCAUGGAGUAUCUGAAUGGAGGGGAUCUCAUGUUCCACAUCCAGAGCUGCCACAAGUUUGAUUUGCACAGAGCCACUUUCUAUGGAGCAGAAAUCAUCUGUGGGCUCCAGUUCCUUCACUCCAGAGGAAUAAUUUACAGGGAUCUGAAGCUGGAUAAUGUGCUGCUUGACUCUGAAGGUCAUAUUAAGAUUGCAGACUUUGGCAUGUGCAAGGAGAACAUGCAGAACGACACACUGACCUCCACCUUCUGUGGGACCCCUGACUACAUCGCUCCUGAGAUCCUGCUGGGUCAGAAGUACAACAGCUCAGCAGACUGGUGGUCCUUCGGGGUUCUGCUCUACGAGAUGCUGAUCGGACAGUCUCCGUUUCAUGGCCACGACGAAGAGGAGCUGUUUCAAUCUAUACGGACCGACAACCCCUUUUAUCCCCAAUGGCUCACCAAAGACGCCAAGGACCUUCUGAUCAAGCUGUUUGUGAGGGAGCCUGAGGAGCGCCUUGGACUGAAGGGAAACAUCCGACAGCACAAGUUCUUCAACAGCAUCGAUUGGACCAACCUGGAACAACGCAAGGUGGCGCCGCCCUUCAGGCCAACUUUAUCAUCACCCAGUGACUGCAGUAACUUUGACAAAGAGUUUAUCAACGAGAAGCCGCGACUGUCGUGUGCCGACCGGACGCUCAUCAACAGCGUUGAUCAGACGAUGUUCAAGAACUUCUCCUUCGUUAACCUGGGGAUGGCCCGCCUGGGAGCGCACUGAGUACUGGACAAACAACCAACUACCUUACAAACAAGCCGCUAAAUCACAGACAGCACUUACUGAAACUGAAAUUGACUGCAGAGACUUUAGACUUUGAAUGUCACAAAACUCAACUGUAUCUGUAAUUAUGAUGAUAACCACUAAACGGUGUGUUCUUAUUGUUAGGCACAACCAUGACAACCUUGACCGUAUAUUUCUCUUAAUUCUAAAGUUUCUUUAUUUACUUUUUUUAACUAAAAUAUCCACAAAAACCUUAUGGUAUUCUCAACUUCUGGUGUCAGACAAAGAGGCACAGAACAUAUACCAAGAACUCCGUUAUGCUCACACAUAAUUCAUCAAGUGGCAUAUAUCACCCUUAAAACGUCAUGAAGGUGCUAAAUAUAAAUGUGUUGUAAAAACCUACGGAGCUUCAUAUUAAUCUGUGAAGGUACAGAUCUUAAAAGAAAAGCUAAUUUGGUUAGAGAAAAUGUGUGUUAUUGUUUUGUUUCCCGUCUUAUUCGAUAGCCUGAUGAGUAUUUCACCUCCAUGUAUGGUACAGAUGUUAUAAAUAGUUUUGUAAAUAAAUGUUGCAUCAUUCUGUUGAUAUACUGUACUGUCAGUUGGAUGUAUAUCCGUUAGUGUAGCAGGAUGGAUUUAGUUAAACGUGUAUUUUCUUAUUGUACCUCAAGAGUUUUAUUGAUGCAGUAUUUUGGAUCAGGUACGUCAGCUGCAUACUUCAUGUUGUACUGCACUUGUAACUGUACUGUUUGUAUCGUUCUAUUCAUCGUGAAUCAUGUACAAUAAAAUGUGAGGUUUGUUUUGA